CAAAAGUGAAAACCUACAGUAACAUCAUUGUGCCACAAAGGCGUCAUAUUUUAUUUGGAAAUUAAAUUCAAGUGACCAAUAUUCACCAUUAAAUACAUACUUCCUUUAUGAAAAAUCCGUGAUAGGAGGACCAACCGUUGUGCAUAAAAGCAGCAAAGAGAAAUAGGAAGACAUAGAUUGAACAUUGUUUCAAUAUUUAUUUUCUCAGUGACGAACAUAAAACGCGGAUCGUAGUUUUGAAAUGAAUUUCUCGACGAUUGCUUCAACCCAUCUUGUAGAAGAUAAUGUAACUUCUUUGGAAAAAUGGAACAACGAGAUCUUCGAGAAAUACCUUCCAAACACCGUUUUCAUCUCUGUUGGACUAAUGACCGGGAUUCCGGGAAAUGUUGUCGUUAUUCUCAUAUAUAGCUGUUUUGUGAAUGUCAAUAAACAACUUAGAGGACCAGGACGAUUUUUUAUAUUACCUCUUGCUUACGUAGAUCUUGUAGGUCUCUUAUUUACGGGAUUGCUAAAUAUUCUGCGUAAUACUAGCCAAGUUAAGUUUCCCGGAAACCUUACGUGCAAGUUACUUGUGUAUGGAAGUUAUGUAGUCGGUUGUAGUUCCCUUUUCCUGUUGAAUUGCAUUGCGGUUCAACGGUACCAGAAAAUUUGUCAACCGUUUUCUCGUCAAAUGACCAAACGAUACCUAAUGUUCUCUCUCGGAGUUUGUAUUGCUGUUGGAGUUUUACUGAAUAUUCCAAGCUUGUUUUACUAUGGAACCGCCGUAGUCGUUCAUUCGUCGAACGCAAAUGUAACUGGCAUCGUUUGCCAAAAGUUGGUACCUAGCACAACCACGGGUUUGAGAGUCUAUCAGGGAAUAGGAGCCGUCAUCUCAACAUUUAACGUUGCUUGCAUUACCUAUUCGUACAUAAGGAUUGCAAAAACAAUUUUUUGGAAAAAGACUACGACAAAAUCUUAUAAAACCUGCGUUCCAGAACAACAAAGUUCCACUUUUACAUCGAAUACUCUGGAAAGCGACGGGGACCUGCAGCCACCGUCAGGCAGUUCUCACGCCAAUAAACAGAAAGAAACUAUUCGUCGACUCUCAGUGAUGUUCAUGGUGAUUUCCAUUACUGCCAUACUUUCCUAUAUUCCUUCCUGGGCGGUGAUAGCGAUUGAGACGUACAAUCCAGAUAUCUGGGAUAAAAUGACCUCUCCCGUUUUCCACAUCUGUUUAAUAUUCAGACGAAUGUAUAUUCUUAAUCAUUUAUGUAAUCCAUUUAUUUAUGGAAUUUUUGAUAUACAAUUCAGACAACAUGUCCGAAAGGUCUUCUGUGUCUUUAAAAAAUAGAAAUACUGCUCAUGAAUUAUUUCUUCAUGUCUUUAAUUGCAUUUCAUGAUAUAAGAUCAGCAAUGCCAAAAUACAUAAUUGCACUAAAACGUCAUGUAUAUACCAGAUCCUUGUUGUGGGAAAACAAAAUCAUUGCAUGCUAUUCCGUAAGUUAUACCCCACAAUUAAACUGCGUCAGUGAACUCUGUCCAUUUUUAGGCAAUGUACAUAUUUAUUUAUCAUAAUGAAUAAUUAACAAACUAACAGAGUUCGAAUUAGGAGUAGAAAGGGAUAUAUUUUCAAGGACUAUUCUUCUUCAGUGCUUUAGUGCAAUAGUUUGUAACAUCCUGUUUUUGUCUAGAUUCUGAAUUAUAAUAACUCAGAUCACAAGACCAAUUGUUGAGGUACAAAUAUCAGCUUUGGAAUAUUUAAGGGGGUAUUUUUAAAAAUCUUUAACAGAAAAAUCAUAUUUUAUAACUGUUGUGGUUCUAAGGAACACAUUGAACAAAGAGGAGAAUUUUCUAUCUUAAAUAUGUUUUAGUAACUUACAUGUAUAUUCAUUAACAAAAUUCUAUAUUCAUUUUGAACAUUUUGUCACAAAUCUUAGGUUUAUGUGAACCUGCUUCCAAUCAAAACCUAACUGACAUUCUUAAGAAAGGCGCAAAAUGUAGUCAAAGACAGUGCUAAUUAUCGUAUGGAAUAAUGGAAUAAGGCAAUUCAAGCUAGUCCUCUUGAGCUUCUGUAAUAUCAAUUGUAAAGGCUACAUUAAUAAAAACUUAAAUAUGAUCUGAGUGGACAUUUUUAAUAAUAGAUAUUAGUAAAAAAUACAAUUCAUUUGUUAAUUUACAUGUAUAUGAAAUUUAACAGACUCCAAAAAAAGUGAUUUAAACAUAUUUUGAGAAAACAUUAAACGCCUUUAUGUUUAAAUUUCAGACAUUGGUUUAUUUUAGAUUGUCCUUCCAGAAAUUAAACAUUAGUGUCUUUGUCACACACCAUA